ACAGGCGAGAGAGCCAACGAGGGAAGCACAAUAUAUUAUAUUACGAGCACAGAUGAGUACCUUACUGUCUAUAAUGUAACUUUGAAUCGUAACCGGCACGUGCACUCUUAGAUUGUAAUAAUUCGAGCGCUAGAUAAGCGUAUCCGUUUGCCAUUCCAUGCUCUGUGCCAUUUCAUAUAUUGACGGCUAUCUUCUGCGUGAAUAAUAACGAGCGAGAUGUGUGAGUGAACGGAUGUGUGAGCGAGUGCGGAUAUAUGUAAGUAUUAUAGUGUCGGACGAAAGUAUUAUUGUCGCGAGGCACUGAAAUUUCAAGUAAAAAUGCCGUUAUAGAUAUACGAAUAAAGAUACGAGUUAUAUUAUAUGUUUCAUUUCUAUCGGGAAGCUGAGCCGUCAUGAUUUCGUCAGACAGAAGCAAAGAAUAUCUUACAGAAAGUACAAAAAUUCGGAAUUAAGUCAAACAUUCAUUAGAAAUAAUGAGAACAAAAAUUGUUGAACUUUUAAUUAUUUUCAUCUAAACUCGUGUCUGAAAAACAAUUUAUGCAAGUAAAUUCGCGAUCGGACGUGCGCACACAUUUGUCAUGAGCCAUAUGACUGUAUGACAUGCAUCGUUUGUUAUUAGGAGCCGAUAAAACGGCGUGGUGUCGACUUUCCCCCGAACGUCGUUUUUCGUCAUUCCAAAAACAUAAAAAUUUUGAAAAUAUACAAAAACUAUUACCGGAUUCGUAUAAAGCAUCAAAUCUAAAAAAAGAAGGGGUUAAUUCACAAGUCGUUAAGCCACUGGAGGAAGAACAGCGUAUAGGACAAAUUAAAAAAUCUUCUCAAUAUAGCCAGGAGCAAGAUUUACAGCAGCAACUUGAUAGUGGGCCUAGCUUUAAACGUUCAGAUUAUAACUUAUUGUUAGAGUUACCAGAUAAUUUUAAGGUAGGACAAGCAAUUGCAGAUGGAAACUGUUUCUUUGAUUCGUUUAGACAAGGACUAGAACAACAAUUAGGAAUAAAAGUUACUGUUGAACAACUGCGGAUAGAUUGUCAAAAGUUUGCACAAAACAAUCCACUAGAUUGGUUCAUAAAUGCUAUUGCUAACAGUCAUGAUAAUACUGGUGUGGUGCGUGAGGAAACUACAGAUUCUUAUAUAGAAAAUAUUCUAAAUAACAAUAGAUGGGGUGAUCCUGAAGUUGAAGGUAGAAUACUUUGUGAAAAAUAUAGUACACCUACAAAUAGACUAAAGCUACAUGUUAUUGAAAAGCAUAUUGUAAAUGGAGAAGAGGUACGUACAGAUCAAAUCAUAGAUAGCGAAGGUUCUAAAUCUGUAAAUAAAAUAAAUUAUAAUGAAGAAAAUACUAUACACAUAGUAAACCGAGGUACAGCACAUUUUGAACCAGUACUUCGUGUACAAGAGAUUGAACAUCAUGAACAACGAUCUUCUGAUUUUUCUGAUUAUGAUGAUGAGCUAACGCCUGAAGAAGAACUAAUUUAUACUAUAAAGAGUAGUGAUUCAGAAGAAGAAAAGCUAACAAAGAUCAAGAAGCUUUUUGAAAAGAAACCGAAACCAAAUAUCAAUUUUCAAGACAAAAAUAAUGAUACACCUUUGCAUAUUGCUGUUCGUAAAAAAGAAUUGAAAGUCAUUGAAUCACUUGUAAAGAAUGGAGCAAAAAAUGAUAUAAAAAAUAAUAGAGAUAAAAGUCCACUGGAUAUUGCUAACCGUCUUAACAGGCAAACCAUCAUUCAAAUCUUAGAAACACCAUUAGAUUCAAAACCACAGCAGCAUAAAAAACCACUAAACAAGCAAUUUGAAUAUAAAGGAGGUCAACAACCUUCAGGUCACCCAGUAUCUAUUACAGCAAGACAACAAGAACAAUCCCAAUAUAGAAACAAGAACACUAACGUAGAUAGUCAAAACACACUGAGAAAGGAAAGAGACCAUGGACUUCAUGGUAAUAUGUAUCAGUUAAAGUUAUUAAUGCUAUUUUUACAUCGCGGUGUCUCUCACGAGUAUUCUUUUCGCUUAAGUACAGAAAUAAAAGAAGCCAAAAAGUUUGACGAUUUAGUUUUUGAAUACACUAAAGAUGGCAGAAAAGAAUAUCGUUUCUUACAAGCCAAACAUAAAUUAGAUGAAUCUAAAGAAAAGAUUACGGCAGACAGUUUAUUAACAGAAAGUGAUGGUGAUUAUAGUUUAACAAAGUACUUCUUCUCUUAUCAAGAUUCCAAAAAAGAAAAGUUAUUUAAAGAUGGUUCAAUUAAAGAUGUUACUAUUUGUACUAAUAUUAAUUUUGAUUUUAAACAGUUAGAAAAGGCACAUAUUAGAGUUGAGAAGAUAGAAGGUGAAGAUGAUAUUUUAGACGUAAAAAGUGAUAAAAAACAACCUAUGCGCUAUAGAUUCAAUGAAGAUGUCACUUCGUUAUUAAAACUAAAAUUACAAAAUUGUAGUUUAACUAAAUUAGCAAGAAGGCUAGCUGAAUGUUUCUUAAAAAACAGUUUUAUACAACAUGGGAAUGACAUUUUUAAAUCUUAUCACCUUGCAUUAGCAAAAGAGGUGAUCAAUAUUCAAACCAAACAAUUUCAUGUUAAAUUUAUAGGUAUAUCUGAGGAUGCAAACAAAUUUAGAGAGGCUUUUAUAGAAGAAAUUAAGAGACAAUCAGAAGGAAAAUUAACGCUAGAAAAUAUUAAUAAAGCAAUUACUGAUAAAGAAAAAAUAAUUGAUGAUAAGCAAGUUGGUUUAGAUUUAUCCCCAAAAUUUGGAGAAGGAGAAGGUAAAAAAAAUUGGCCAAAUAAUGAAAAUUUAACUGGAUUAGCAACAAGGCUAGCUGAGUGUGUCUUAAAAAACAGUUCUAUAAAUCAUAAUGAUGACAUUUUUGAACCUUAUCACCUUGCAUUAGCAGAAGAGGUGAUCAAUAUUCAAACCAAACAAUUUCAUAAUAAAUUUAUAGAACGUAUAUCUGAGGAUGCAAACAAAUUUAGAAAGGCUUUUACAGAAGAAAUUAAGAAAAAAUCAAAAGAAAAAUUAACGCUAAAAAAUAUUAAUAAAGCAAUUACUAAUAAAGAUAAAAUAAUUGAUGAUAAGGAAGUUGGUUUAAAUUUAUCCAAAAAUUUUGGAAAAGGAGAAGAUAAAAAUUGGCCAAAUAAUGCAAUUUGUAAUGAUGAUGUAGAAGAUUAUUUAAACCAUCUUGUGUUUGCAGUAGAUCAACCUAACGAAGAUGAGCUUGGCGAGAUUAUUAAAGAUGAGAUAGGCAAUGAACUCGGCUUAGACUUGAUUACAACAGAGAAUAUAUACAACAAGUUCUUUAUGACAAUGUUAAAUUGGUUGCAAGGUAAAGAAAGAGAUAGAUUUCUUUCUUAUGAAGAAGGAAAAAAGUUUUUUGAAGAGGCAAGAAGAGGGAUUCCUAUUUGGUUUGGUGUAAAAGAGCCUGUAACUUUAUUUACUGGAAGAAUUGAGAAAUUAGAUGAGUUACAUAAAGCAUUACAGAAUCGAGGUGAAGUAGUAAUAUCACAGAUGACUUCUGUAACUGGUCUUGGUGGUGUAGGUAAGAGUGAAUUGGCCAGAAAAUACAUUAGUGAACAUAGUAAAGAUUACGAUGAUAACUUUAUUUGGAUAAACGCUGAAAGCUAUGGGACUCUUGCUGAAUCUUUUCGUAAUCUAGCUCAAGAUAAGUUAAAGAUUAAUACCAAAAAUAUAGAUGGAGAGGAAAAGGACAUAAAGCCUAUUGUUGAGAAAGUAUAUAAAUUUUUUGCUAAGAGAAAGGCUCUUUUUGUUUUUGAUAAUGCUGAAAAGUAUAAAACUUAUAGAGAAGGAGAUGAAGGUAUAAAUAAAUUUUUGCCUUCGGGUCCUAAUAAGCCAUAUGUUCUUAUUACUUCACGUAAUCAGGAAUGGGGGGAAAUAAAAUCAUUACCGUUAGAUGUAUUUACUGAAGAAGAAGCUAUAACAUUUAUCAAAAAGGCGCUGGAGGGUGUAGUUGAAUUAGAAAAGAAUGAAGUUAAAAGAUUAGCAGAGGAAUUACAAUAUUUUCCUUUAGCUCUAAAACAAGCAGUGGCAUAUAUUAAAAAAGAAAAUAACACAUUAAAAAAAUGGGAUACAGACGUAUUUACAAUUACAAGAUAUAAGAUAGAAGCAGAUAAUCUACUUGAGUUAAAAACUUUUUUACAAGAAGGAGAUGAAGAUCGUUAUGCCAAAACAGUGCUUACAACUUGGACAAUUACAAUUGAUAAAAUAAAAGAAGAACUAUGUGGAAAGCAAGCUUUAGAAAUAUUAAAUAUUAUGGCUUAUUUUGCACCUGAUAAAAUUCCAAUAGAAUGUAUUUUUUCAAAAUUAAUAAGUAAUAAAAAAGCACUGCGUAAUGCUGUUGAAUUGCUUGAUCAGUAUUCUAUGGCUAACCUAGAACAAGGAGUAUUAAACAUUCAUAGGUUGGUACAGCAAGUGACACGUAUAAAAUUAAACCGGCAAAAUAAAGAAAAAGAGAUUUUAGGAGAAGCACUGAAAUUAUUUCAAGAUGGUAAUAGUCAAAUUGAUCAAUUUUCCCAUAAUCUUCGCCUAAGCAAUGUAGAUCAUGCUAUAUCUGUUUGGAGCUAUGCAAAUAAACAUGAAAAAUUAGUGAGGAAAUUUAGUAGUUUACCUGUAUUAAUUGUUAGCGAACUAAAUGCUACCCUAAGGUAUCAAGAAGCUCACACGUUUGGGAGCAAUGCAUUAGAAUUAUUAAAAAAAAUAUUAGGUGAUAAUCAUUUUUCUGUUCUAUCAACGAUGAACAUAAUAGCGUCUGUAUUGUAUACUCAAGGUAAAUAUGAAGAUUCAGCAGAAAUUUAUCGAAAACUACAAGAGAAAUUAGAUAUCAUUAAACUAAAAAAAAAUGAAUUUCUUGAUGAUCCUAAUAUAGGGGUAAUACGGAACGCGCAGGGUAGACAUGAUGAAGCAUUAGAAAUAUAUCCCUGCCAAUAUAAUCUAGUUAAGAAAAAUGAAAUCUAUUCUGACGAUAAAAUAGAGCACAAUUUAGUUUUCGCAGUAUUCAAAAAAAGCAUUAUGCAGAGAAAGAAAUUGGUUUGUUUUAUUGAGAAUAUCGAGAUAAUGUACCAGAAUCCUUAUUCUUUCAAACGAACGGAAGAGGUAUUAGAGUCUGAUCAUGAAAGUACUUUAAAUACGAAGAGUAACAUAGCUGCAGUGUUAAAAAUGGGUAAAUAUGAGGAGGCACUCAAAUUAUAUUAUAAAGAGGUUUAUGAGAAAAAAAAAAGGCCAAAUCACCCAGACACUUUGACUAGUUAUAAUAAUUUUGCUUUCUUAUUGUAUAAACAAGAGAACUACAAUCAGGCUUUAGAAAUUGCGAAUGAAGUUGAUAAAGAAAGAGAAAAGUUAAUUCCAAAUCAUCCACGUACACUCACAGGAAAGUUCCUUAUAAUUCAGAUUUUAGUUGCUCAAGGUGAAUAUGACAAAGCACUCGAGAAGUUUGAAGAGAUUAAAAGCGCGUAUUUAAAGAUUGAAAUAAAAAAAAAUUUGGAGUCAGAUCGUAUCGAUGCGACAGCUUGGCGGGAUUAUUUAACUUCAAAGCGAAGGCACGAACCGCGAAUUGUAAUUAGACAGUCAAUAAAGUGUAGUAUUGUUGACGAACAAGACAAUUUACUUCAACUUGAAAUAUUUAUAACGAAGACGGAUAGCAGAGGGCGACUGGCCCCGUUGCCAAGAACGCCUAUGCUUUUAAGCUCUGGGAUGCUUCUCGCAAAUUCGAACGAGUCGGUUCGACACAUGAGUCACCGAGAGUAUUCCCUGAGAGGUUCGUUGUCGACAAAUUAUAAACAGGUGAGACAAAGCAAACGCGCGAAGACAAAAGUAUGGAAUCCACUCUGUUUGCCAGAGGUGAACCAAAGUCAGCUAAUUCAACUAGUAGAUAAGGUCAGAGUUACAGGUGAGUCUCAAAGUUUAGCUAAUAACCUAAUUAGCAAUCAAAAAGUCAUGGGUCAUCUAAAUAGAGUAGGAAAAAUCUCCGGUAUGACUAUGCAUGGCAUGAUGGCUAAAAAUAUUUUAGCUAACUUUUUAAAUGGUAAUUAUCAAGGCGUAGCAAUUAAUGUGAAUUUUAUUGCCGGUGAUCAAGGAUUUGCCAAGGUUGCUGAAACUACUUGGCAGAUCUUUAAAAGCAGCAUUCCCGUUUUCUUGCUCGUGGAACUUUAG